AUGUUGCCUCUCGGCCGCAUCCUGGUUGCUUGUGCAGCCACAUUCAAUUCCCUAUCCAGCUGUCAGGUCAGCACACUUCCGAACUGGAGCCUGUCACCGCGCAAUGUGAACCAGUCGUCCGUCUUCGACCUCACGGCGCCAUCAACCGACCUCUUCAGGCACGUGCACUUGUACCAAGACACGGUCUACCAGAGCUUUACUUUUGACAACAAGAACCGCCGGCUCUUCGUUGCCCAGCGUCCCAAUAACACCCCGGUGGAGCAGGGCGACUUGUGCAUUACCCAGCUGGACUUUAGCGGCAAGAUACUGGGGCACAUGUGGGUCAAGGGCGCGGGCCACGGCGUUGCAAUCGGGGCAGAGGCCGUGGGCUCGGACACAUACAUGUGGACCGAGAUCGAUGUCAAGUCCAAUGGCUACGGCGACCGCAUUGCCCGCUUUAUGUAUGUUAAUGGCGCGACUAUUGACGGCGGCUCGAAGGGCCUCACCAAGUUCAAGCCUGUCGAGGGUGCUGGGAACACCAUCUGCACCAUCGACCCGAGUGAUGACUCCCUUGUUUGCCGCUACUCCUUUGGUGAUACCAAGCGCAUUGGGGCCUUCCCCGUUGCCGAGGCCGCCGCGAACAACUUUAAGAAUCCCCUAUAUGACUUUGAGCAGCCGGCGCUCAAGGGGCGUUCCAACGUGUUCCAGGGUUUUGCCGCCUACGGAUCGUACUUUUACAUGCUCUCAGGCACGGCCUACGAAGUGAAUGGAAAUGUAGUCAACUCCGAGGUUACCAGCGUCGACGUCAACACGGGAAAGAUCCGCCAGGGUCCUACACUGACAAAAGCCGGACAGUCGCUGUCCUUUCGGGAACCCGAGGGCAUGGCCGUCUACACGACCGCCGAUGGAGAGCCACGCCUCUUCCUGGGCUUCGCUUCAGGUGUGGCUGGGGAUCGUCGUUGCAAUAUCUUUUACAAAAAUAAGCUAGUGGCCGCUUGA